AUGAAAUUGUUGACUGGUUUUUCAGAUACCUCGUAUCGAGUAGAAGUAAAAACACGAGAUGUAGUUUACGCAGGGACCAACGCCAAAGUUACUCUGAGAAUUUAUGGUAGUCGUGGAGACACAGGUCCUUUACAACUAGACCAAUCUCUUAAUCAUUCUGAUCCGUUUAAACGAAACUACAUUGAUACUUUUAUACUUACCGCUCCAGUCAUUGGACAGAUUGAAAGAAUUAAAAUAGAACAUGAUAACUCCGGGCCAGGCCCUGGGUGGUACUUAGGUACAGUAAGUAUUGAUUUGCCAUCUAAAGGUCGACAUUAUGAGUUUGUGUGUAAUCGAUGGUUAUCUAAAUCAGACGAUGAUGGAGCGAUUGAAAGAGAAUUUCAGCUAACUAGUUCAGAAGGUAAUUAUAAAUAA